CGCAGGCGCAGUAGGUAGUCCUCUCCUGGACAGCGGUAACUGAGGAGGGAAGAUGGAUGAUUUGCAGGCUUCGGAGGAGACUUCUUUUGUGGUUGAUGAAGUGAGUAACAUUGUAAAAGAGGCCAUAGAAAGUGCAAUUGGCGGUAAUGCUUAUCAACACAGCAAAGUGAAUCAGUGGACCACAAAUGUAGUAGAGCAAACUUUAAGUCAGCUUACCAAGUUGGGGAAACCAUUCAAAUACAUUGUGACCUGUGUGAUUAUGCAGAAGAAUGGAGCUGGGCUACAUACAGCAAGCUCUUGCUUUUGGGAUAACACCAGUGAUGGAAGCUGCACUGUGAGAUGGGAGAAUAAGACGAUGUACUGUAUAGUCAGUGCCUUUGGACUGUCAAUUUAACUUUCCUCCUUGGAGCCUUUAUUUUUUUCUCUACCAUUUCCAUUCCAUGUUUUAUCUACAUACUGUGAAUUCAACAAACUUUUAAAAUGUUUUAAAAGUAUCUUACACUUUCAAAUGUAGGGGAAAAAGAAUCCAAAAUGGCCACACUGUUACAUGGGUUUCAUACUUCACCCUAAAUUGACAUCCAGUAUUGUUACUUUGUCUUAACUCUUCAAUACUUCAAGUAUUCAAAGGUGCUAAAAAUUACAUCUGCUGCAGCAUGACACUUUUCUAAUUUCUGAAAUGAUUUAUAGCACACACUAACUUCUCACUUUAUACUUUUCUUAGUAGUAUAAUAAAUUAUU